CCCUCCCCAGGUCCCUCCUUCCCUCGUCGUCACCGGGCGCUGUAUAAAUCCCGUUCCCCGGCGUAUCUCCGCACCGCGGGAGACCCUGGCACUUUGCCCCUGGGACAGGAGCCUACCACCACCGCUGCACCGCUGGGACUUUGCGUUCCCGCCGCUGACCGCCUUCCCUCCCGAACCCGCCUAUUUCCUAGCGGGGCUCCUUCGUACAUUUCCCACCGGCCUCUUCCCUUCUAUACCCGAGCCAGGAUGUCGGAAAAACGCGUCGAGGAGACGCCGGCGGAGCUGAGCGCUAAGGAAAUGAAAGAAAAGAAGGAAAAACAUGACGAGAAAACAGUCCACAAAGACAAGAAGAAGGAGAUAGUAGAGGAUGAGGAAAACGGAGCUGAAGAAGAUGAGGAAGAGAAUCCUGAUGAUGUUGAUGAAGAAGAAGGUGGUGAUGAGGAUGAAGAAGGAGACGAGAACGGGCAAGAGCAGGAUGGUCAUGCAGAAAAACGAUCUGCAGAGGAGGAAGAGGAUGAUGUGGAUCCAAAGAGACAGAAAACAGAAAAUGGGUCUUCAGCUUGAGUCCUCCCCUCCCAUCUAUGUUCCGUCCAUCUCCUCUUCCAUUCCAGCCUGUGCUUGCACUGUCUGUUAGCCUCUGGCUUCACACAAUCUCAGAUGAGGAAAGAUUAGAAAUGCUCUCUAACAGGGAAGACAGCAGUUUCCUUCUCACCCAAAGACCUAGCC